AUGGGCUUCACUGAUCUCCUCACCGACGCCGGCGCUGCCGUGCUCAACACCUGGGUUACCUCCCGCUCUUACAUCAACGGCUACGCUCCUUCGCAAGCCGAUGUUGCCGUCUUCAAGGCUCUCUCCUCGUCUCCUGACGCCACCAAGUAUGCCGCCGCUGCCCGGUGGUACAAGCACAUUGCCUCUUUCGAGGACGAGUUCGCCACCCUCCCCGGUGAUGCCUCCAAGCCUUACACCGUCUACGGCCCUGAGGUUGCCGAGGUCACCGUGAACCCCGCUCAGGCCCCUGCCGCUGAGCCCGCUGCCGACGACGAUGAUGUCGACUUGUUCGGCUCCGACGAGGAGGAGGAUCCCGAGGCCGUUCGCAUCCGUGAGGAGCGUCUUGCUGCCUACAAGGAGAAGAAGGCCGCCAAGCCCAAGGUUGCUGCCAAGUCGGUGGUCACCAUGGAGGUUAAGCCCUGGGAUGAUGAGACCGACAUGACUGCCCUUGAGUCCUCCGUCCGCUCCAUCGAGAUGGAUGGUCUGGUCUGGGGUGCUUCCAAGCUUGUGCCCGUCGGUUACGGUGUUAGCAAGCUCCAGAUCAACCUUGUCGUUGAGGACGAGAAGGUCUCUCUUGAGGAUCUGGCGGACAAGAUCGCCGAGUUUGAGGACUACGUCCAGUCGACUGACGUUAUUGCCAUGCAGAAGCUGUAA